GGGGGGCGCUGUGGGGAAUUGGGAAUGGAAUUAGCCUGUUUAAGAUGUGCAGUUUAUAGUGUGGAAUAAAAAACUUUUGUUGUAAUAUCUUACACUCUGUGUGCUUGCAUUCUGAGAUCACCCUCAUGCUUCCUCUGUGAGGCAGCAGACAUCACUUAAGCGUCCAUUUAAAUGUCAAGUUUGGUCACCAAAAAGACCUCAAACAACAACAACAUUAUUAACUAUUUAUUUCUAAAGUACAUUAAGUCAUAUUACACAAACCGAAAACAAUAACAAUCUGAUUCUGGAAUUAAACCCACACCACCCAAACCAGCAUGCUGUAAGGGUGACGUAAGGGUGACGUGUAUUUCAUCACACCUGCUCCGAAGCCUACGCGGAGCCAGCCAGCCUAACCCCCCCCCCCACAAACAAACCCUAUAUUCCGGAUCCUCGUCGGUGUCGCCGUUGCUGCAGAGUCAGUAAUGUAUGUUACCAAUAGAGGCCGCCAUGGAGAUAACUUUCUGUAACCAUUUCCAAUGUUUCAAUAUUUCACUAAUGAUAAUAUAGAUUUGAAUGGUGUAUAUAAGUCCCCUAAAUGACAAGGCACACUGCGGUCUCGAGGAAGGCACAUACCAUCUGACCCGGAUGAAACUGCAUUGUUAACCCACAUGAAUCCCGACCUGGUUAGCCAAAUUUGAUCAACAUAGUUAAGCACUAUGCGCGUGCAGAAAUCGGGAAUGCAAAUGCACUGGAUUGUAAGGAAUGUCCUAAUGGGGCCCGCGCGCGCUCUCGAGAGGCCAGCCCAGCAGUGUGCUGGGGAACCUUUCCCCGCGCGCGCCUCCGGUUUCACAUCAGCUGUCCGUCCUCUGAGUGUACACACACGCGCUGAACCGGGAUUAUCUGCGUGCUGCUGAAACUGUAAAGAAUUAGAAAAGUUGAUCAAAAAGUUAACGGACGCGCAGCCGGUGGUUCCGACCAUGUCCAGUGGCGAGGAGGACCUAGACUGCCUGCUCGCGACCCUGUCUCCGGAGGAGAUGGAGGAGCUGGAGAAAGAGCUCACCGUCAUCGACCCGGACCCCAGCGUGCCCGUGGGGCUGCGGCAGCGGAACCAGACGGAUAAGCAGCCCACGCGGGGCUACGACAGAGAGGCGAUGCUGUUCUAUUGCGAGCGGGAGACCAAGAAGCUCAUUCGGAGAGAGCGGUCCGUGGAGGGGGAGCUGAAGAGCGAGAAUAAGGCGGAGCGUCUGCGUGGGAUGGGGCGGAGCCGGGAGAGGAGUUUCUCACGUAGCAGCAGUGCGGAGGAGCAGGAGGAGCAGAAGGAGCAGGAGGCGCAGGAGGAGAGUGCCCCUCCAGCCCAGGACAGACUGACUGAGAGCGCGGGGGACACGGCUGACUGGAAAGAGCGCCACCUGGAGGACAGCAGCAACACUGCAUCCUGUAAGAGACUCAGGAGGACAGAGAGCAGAGAGAAAACCAUAGAGGAGAGCAAGGAGGGGGAGGGAAAAAGAGAAGCUACAAAGAGUAAGGUAGAGGAGAAGAGGGAGAGAAAGAGAGAGGUGGAGAAGGGAGAGGAGAGAAAGAGAGAGGUGGAGAGGGGAGAGGAGAGCAUAGAGAGAUCAGAGGCCAUCUCACGCAGGCUGAAUAGGAAGGAGAGCAGAGAGGAGAGGAGAGAGGAGAAGACAGAGGAGAGGAGAGAGGAGAGGAGAGACGAGAAGACAGAGGAGAGGAGAGACGAGAAGACAGAGGAGAGGAGAGAGAGAUCAGAGAGGAGGCCUAGCAAGCUGAACAGUAAGGAGAGCGAGGAGGCCAACCACAACACUCUGGGCGUCCCACCCAGCAGACCAGCCAGAGAGGAGGGGGAGGAAGAGGAGGAGGAGGAGGAGGAGGGCAGUGAUGAGGAGAAGGAGUGUGAAGAGGAGGAGGAGGAGAGCGAAGAGACAUCCAUGUUUGACGGACUGCUGGAGAAGGUCCGUAGCAACGACCCCGAGCUGACGGAGCUGAACGUCAACAACUCGGAGGCGAUCCGCACGGACACCCUGCUGCAGAUGGCCGAGGCGCUGCGGGGGAACACACACGUGCGCUCCUUCAGCCUGGCCAACACGCGCGCCGACGACCACGUGGCCUUCGCCGUGGCAACCACGCUCCGCUCCAACGCCACCCUGGUCAGCCUCAACCUGGACUCCAACCAGCUGACGGGGCGCGGCAUCCUGGCCCUAGUGAGGGCUCUGGCGGAGAACGCCUCGCUGACGGAGCUGCGCUUCCACAACCAGCGGCACAUCUGCGGGGGCCAGUCCGAGAUGGAGAUGACCCGGCUGCUGAAGGACAACGCCACUCUGCUCAAGCUGGGCUACCACUUUGAGCUGGCCGGCCCGCGCAUGACCAUGACCAACAUCCUCAGCCGCAACAUGGACCGGCAGCGGCAGCGGCGCCAGGAGCAGAGGCAGGCGCAGGCCCGGGCCCAGCAGGGCCCGCAGAACCCGCAGGACCCGCAGAGCCCAGCGCAGAACCAAAGGAACGCGCAGAACCUGCAAAAACAGCCUGCACAGAAGAACGAGCCAGCCGGGAAUGCCAUGCCGUCCCGGCAGAACUUCCUGACCCAGCGAGAGCAGAGAGCUCAGCUGGCCGCCCAGAACCAGGUCCAGAAGCCCCAGGUCCAGAAGCCCCCGGCGUGCAGUAAGGCGUCUGGCGCGGUGGACGCGUUCAGGCAGAAGUUCUCCCAGCAGCCCAAUCACACGAAGAAGCCCGGCGCCGCCUCAGCAGGAGCACUCCGCUCGCCCUCAAACACACACACACACCACUCCACCAAGCCCCCGCCAGCUCCCACACACACCCCCACGCCCCCUCCCCCUUCCCCGGCGCUGGAUGUGCAGGCGCUGCGGCGUUCCCUCACUCCGGUGUCCCAGAGGAGGACGGGGAACCGGACAGGAGAACGUGGAACCGAGAGGAGCUCUAGAGAUCAGCUUCUGGCCUCCAUACGCAACAACAACAACACCAGGGCCCUCAAGAAGGUCGACGUGCCCAAGUUGCUUCAGUGA